AAAAAAGAAGAAAGAGGAAAACAACAAGUAUCGCUUGAUUGGGAAUUAGGGAUUGGGGGAGGCGAGAGAGAGAGAGAGAGGUUCAUUUCGAUUUCUCUUCGAAAAAUUAAAAUAAUCCAGAGGGGGUGGAGGUGGAGAGAUGGUGAGGAUGGUGAGAAGCUGCUUACAGUCGAUGAUGAAGCUUGUGAAUUCCCUUCUUGGAAUGGUUGGUGUCGCCAUGAUCCUCUACUCUGUUUGGCUCAUCAGGCAAUGGCAACAACAAACCGGAUCUCUCCCCUUCCCUUACCCUCAUGAUGAUUACCCCCUUCCUUGGUUCAUUUAUGCUUUUCUUUGUCUCGGGGCUCUUCUCUGUCUUGUCACUUGCGCUGGCCACAUCGCUGCUGAAACCGUUAAUUCUUGUUGUCUUUACUUUUAUAUGGGAUUCAUCCUCUUGCUUAUUAUGAUUCAAGGUGGUGUCGUUGCCGAUACCUUUCUUAACCCUGACUGGAAACAGGACUUUCCAGAUGAUCCAAGUGGUGCCUUCAUCCGUUUCUCUAAGUUCGUUGAGUCAAACUUCAAGAUUUGCAGAUGGAUUGGUCUCUCCAUUUUCUUUGUCCAGGGUGCAUCAGUUCUAUUGGCCAUGUUGCUCAAAGCUCUUGGACCUCACCCGCAUUAUGACAGUGACGAUGAAUAUGAUUUGAGCACGGUUUCACUCCUACAUGAUGCUCGCCAGCCUCAUCGUCCAUACGUUGUUGGAGAACCCAUUUAUGGACCCAAACCGGAUUCCUGGACUGUUAGGUUAAUGAAAGAGCCAACCGGUAAGAGAGAUGGAGCCCAAGAGAAAGCUAUGAGAAGCAAAGUAGCCAAUAGUCACCUCUUUUAGUAUAUAUUACUUACUUUGCUUCUUUGUUGCAUCUAUCUAUCUAUCUCUCACUCCAAAGUCCAACAAAACCACUAUGUCUUGUAAAAAAAAUAUUGCACACACAUAUGGGGAUGUACUUAUGCAUUUUAAAAACUACAAUAUAUAUGAUCACUUCAAAUAGAGAUGUCAAUUGGGCUGUCCAAGUCUAAAUGUACGUUACUUUUUUUAA